UGUUUCCAGCGCGUGCUCCGUCUAGCUUGACGGUUAACGGCCCUGGGUCCUGUAGGUCUGCACGUGUGCUGGAGAUUUACUGCCGUUUUUGGACACUUUUAUUGCUUCAUUUGUAUCUCUUUGGACAUUUUUGAUUCGUUUGGAUGAGGAAUAUCUGUAAUUUGUUCUAAUGAAUAAAUAUCAUUUAAAUAAAAGAAGACAGAGGCCUUUAUUUUUGACAGCUCACAUUAGCUGAGCCGGAGAACAACAUGUCUGGACUUGUUCCUGAACACGUUGUGCGAGUGGAGGGACGACAUACACACUAUUAGAAAAAACAACAGCAACUGAAAUUAUCAGAGAGCUUCUAAAAAUGGAUUACCAGUUUCCACAGCAGCUUUUUCCUUCGUUUUAUAACCGUGGACCACCAGACUUGGCCCAGCAACAUUGCGCUGGAAAAUGGGGCAGCUAUGACGGAGUGAGAGCUCAGGUGGGUCAGCUGUUAGCUCAAUGCUAAUCUCACCUAUGUCAGUAACGUUAGUCAUGCUCCACAUUUGAUCAAUCGACAUUAGCUCAGUUACAGAGGCUUUGUCAACUCAUUAAGUUAAAUCUUGACGGGCUGUCUCUUUGUUAUUGUUAAAGUAGUUUGUUAUGUUAUAUAGUUGUAUAAGAGUGCAGGAUCCUGAUCAGUCUUCAUACCUCGUGUUUCAACAUGUGUGCUUCAGUCUCGAAAAUGUGAUAAACGUGGUCUUAUUUGUGUGAGGGAAUAUCUAGUGUUUGGAUUGCUACUUUAAUCAUAUCUUAAUUUAAAUACUCCUAUCUCCACCUGAGCUGCUAUAACAAAACUUUUUUUUCCAUGGUAUAGGACCAGGCAAGUCUAUCUUACCCCUGAAAUGUAGGUGUGGCACUGAUUCUUGAGGAUUUAUUUACCCCUGUUAAAGCAGGAGUGGGUUUCCAUUCAUGACAGAAAUAAACAGCUUAUCAGUCAGAUUUUGAAAUACCAAUAAUGUCAUUCAAAAAAGUAAGAAUUGCAAUGACUUUACAAUAAAAUAAUCUUGCUUACAGUGUCAAAAUUUACACCAACCAAUAAUACCGAUACUGAAAUACCGGUAAUGGUAUUUUGCAAUAUCUGCCACCAUGUAAGGCAACUAUCCCGCAAAGAUUGUGUGUACUUUUUGUAGCUUGAGUGUUGUAACAUGUCAGUUUUCAACACUGCAAAACCUACAGAAUUGAUCUUUUUCUAGGAAUUGUAGCCCUGAAAAUUCAGCUAUAAGUAUAAAUACUGUAAUACUUUAACACAAUCCCUCAGUGGUCAAAAUUCAAUAUGUAUUAUCAAAAAUAGUGCAAAUUUAGUUUAACUUUUUUUUCUUCCUGAACUAUUUUUGUGUUGCAAAGAUUGCGGAAAAAAAAUCUCUGGUUUAUUGGCAGUUUUCUGUCAGUUUUUGAGAUUAAUACACACAAGUUAUUCAUUUUUCAUCAAGUGGUUGGAGCCUUCUGUUGAACUUGAAGUAGUGGAUCUGUGUUUACAUGUUUCUGUUUAGGAUUUUGAGUUCUACUUUCACAUUCCUUAUUGACUCAUUGUCCUCUUGGUUUCAGGGCAGCCCUGGUCCUGGCUCCUGCUGGAGGUUUACUUCCAGACAUCAGGUCAAAGCAGAGACAUGGCGACAGACAGAGCCAGCACCGAUUCCACUCCUGUCCCACAGAGAUUGUAAGUCCUCUGCAGCACUUUUAUCCCUUCACUGUUGGCUUUUAAGGUCUCAGAUAGUAGUACUCUUUCGUCCUCCAAUAAAGUUUUGUGGCUUUAAUCAAAUAGCAGUUUUAUCGAGAAGUAGAGAAAUAAAAAGAAACUUCUUGUUACCACAAUGUUUGUAAAGAAAUGGACCUGUAAAUAUGGCCAGCAUUUAAAAAGUAGUUAUUCUUCUUUAGCCUGUAUCCAAUUGUGCUUAAAUCAAGAAACUUGCAAUGAAAAGGAAAGUGUCUUUUUGUAGCUCUAGUCCCAAAUUAGUUUGCCAUUCUGUUAGUAAUAAACUUUUUAGUACCACAUUUUUCCCAUCAUGUUUCAAGGGAGAAUGAAAGGAGUUAAUUAACAGACCAAACUGACAUGUAAUAAAUGAGAUAACAGAUCAUUUGAAACAUUAGGGUUCUACUAAAUUCAGCUGAAGUGUUUUUGUAUGUAUCAAAUUAACAAACAGAAAAAUAAAAAAUCUGUCCUGUUCUAGUUCUAUCAAAAAAAAAAAAAAACCCUUAAGGACAUUUUUCUCACUGUGUUCAUUUUUGCUGUCAUUUACGUUAUACGUUAACAUCUGUUCCAGCUGUCCUCUGGCCUUUGACUCUAGAUCCAUUGGAUUUCAGAGACCACGUGAGUACUCUGGGGGUUUUAAAAGCUAUUGUUUUAAGAUGCAUCAUGAUGCCAACAUGAGUGAUUCUGCAUCAAUGCAACGGGAAAAGCUAAAAAAUCAAGUCACUUGAAUAAUAAUCAGAGUUUGUGUAUAUGCUGCUGAGCUCAUAAGUCUUGGAUGUCUUGAAUACUUUUUAGAUUACAAACAGUUCUGUGUGUUUGUGUGGUUUUUUUAUUUCUAUCUUUCAUUCAUUCAUUUGUUAGAUGGAGAAUUUUUUCAAAGAUCACUGCCAGGCUGCUUUUGGCUGCAUGGGUGAAAUUUUGGGUGAAAACCUGAAUUUCAAAGAAAAAAAUGUCCGACCAAAAGAGGUGAGUUGUAAUAGGAUUACACCUCUUUUGAAAAAGUUUGCUAAUUUGUUUAAAUGUUUUUCGACUCAAAGUGAACGAUUUAUCAGUGUGUGUUUGUCUCCUAUGUUCUCAGUGAUUUCUGUAGACCGUAAAUAGUUUUUCAUUUCCUCAGAAUGUGUCUAUGUGCUGUGUGUUUCAGAAAUAUCAGCGGAACUGGGAUCGCAUGUGGACGUACUUAAAGAAGAAGAAUUAUAAAAAGUGAGUGGCCCGAACUGAUCUGUGUCCAAGUGAGUGUGAAAGGACAGAGUUUUCAAGUAUACAAUUAAGAACCCCAUAUCAGGUCGUGUUGUUUGUUUUUGUUGCUAAAACAUGUUGAUAUUUUUUUUCCAGCUAUUACCGGUCCACACCUUUGAAUUAUUACAGCACUCUAUUAUCAGAUGGGAUUCAUUCUGUCCCUCCUGAGCUCCUGGGUUCUCUGCUGUAUGAGGAGUUAACUGAGCAGAGAAACCGCCUGCUGUUCUCAGAAGGAGCCACAGGGGGCGCUUUAGCCUUCAUUCCAUUCUCCCAGAGCCCCCAGCAUGGUUGCCUCAUCUACCCUGGAAACAAGGCACUGGAUUGCCUCAGUAUCCUUAAGAGUCGACUUGCAUUAAAGGAGUAAAUGGGAAAGUAUUUCCUAACUUUGUAUAUGUAUUUUUUUUCCGUCUAUGUUAGUGUUUAUUAAGGUUGACAAAGUUUUGGGACUCCACCUGUAAAUAUCUUCAGCUAGCAGCCCUGAAACAUUUUUUUUUAAGUAUUUUUAGAUUUAAAAAAAAGAUGUAAGUUUACCCUCCAAAUGAAGAGAAUUAACCCUUAUUACAUCCUAAAGUGUUUUGAUUCAGAUUUGUUUUGAUUGUUGAAUGGUCACUUUAAAUGGAGCAUAUAAAAAUAACUCACUUGUUGCAACUCAUAAUGUAAUAAUCGGCUCAUUAUGUAAUAGUCAUAAGUGCAUAACGCAAUAACGUCUGCACAUUAUCUAAUGAUGUAACCAUUUACUAAAUUGUGAGUCAGUUUUUGCAUUAUAUAUAAACUUUUAUUACUGUAUGAGUUGCUACAAAGGCACUUUUUACCAAUCUAGGGUUGGGAAAUUUUGAGUUUUGACAAGGAAAGUUGGUUCGCUUUGAAAAAGUAUGUCACUGCUGUUUUCAGUUUGAAAAAGUUUGACUCUUAAUAUGAAGCAUCUUUCGCAGCAACCAUCACAGUUUUUUUCGUUUUGUUUUUUGCUGCUGCCAGUUGAAGAAAUUACCUUAAUUGAGAUCCCAGAAUGUGACAGAUGCCGAAGUUUAUUUGAACUUAAACAGCCCCUUCAAGUUUUUUUCAGUUAUGGCUUACAAACACAGAGGCCCCUAAAAAUGGUGCUAACCCCCAUGUAGUCACCUAUAUAGGGGUUAGGGAUCCAUUUCGGACACAGCCAGUUUUUUCCAGCUUUAUACUCUUAACUUUUUAGAAUCUUCCUCCUCGGCCUCCUUCUAAACAAAGAUGGCAGAUAGGAUCAACCUCAGUAGUGAUCAUUUUAGGAGCCAAGAAUGGAACAGUAGGCAUCAUACUAUAAUAGAUGAGUUAGAUGUUUUGGACCCUUCCCAAUUUUUUCCUGCUGUGUGUCUUUGCGGGUUGUGGUUCUUAACCUAGUACCUCAGAUUUCCACCAAAUGGAGCUUCAGAAUCACACAGGAGGUCCUUCUGCGGGUGCCAGUAUGGGUCAUCUGUCCACAUUCCACCUAAAGGGCCCUAUCAGACAGAUCAGCUCUGCUUCUCUACUGAACCAAAGUAUGAUCAAGAGGUACACUUUCACACGUGUCACUUGGAGCCUGUUACGGUGUCAUGAGUCAUGCUAGGCUGUGCAAACUCUCAAUACAUGUGCUCAAUUCUCCGCAGGUUGUGUCGCUGUGAGGUCGGACUAUCUGUGUGGAGUUUGGGGCUUCAGUGAAACGGACGAGCCUCAUCUGCAUCAGGUCGUCAAAACCAGAAAGGUCGCUACCUGCAUCAGUGUCAGGUGAGGGGUUAGGGGUAAAAUGUGAAGAUCAUGAUAUUAGAAAUGGAUCUAAAUGAGAAGAAGUUGUUAAAGUAGCAUCUCUGCUGCUUGCUGUCAGUCCUCAUGUUUUAGGGGAAGUUCUGGUGGCAAGCGAGAGCGGAGCUGCAAACUUGUGGACCGUUGGCAAAGGGUAAGGAUGAAUCUUUCAUACAGUUGUGCCACAAAUAUUAGUUUAGUGAGUCAAAUUGGAAUGAAUGAAUAUGUCUGCCUGGUUAGGAUGCAGAAGAUCCGGGAGGAAGACUGCAACUUGUACUUCAAUGCCAAGUCCUCAUGGCGAUGGUGCGAGUUCUCGGCCCACCCCAGGGUGAUGCUGUACGCAGACAGGACAGGGGUGGAGCUCACAGACAUCAGGGUAAGAUAAGAGUUUAUGGAUUAUUGGUGUUUUCAGGUUAUUUUGUAUUUUAUUUCCUUUGAGGCUGGGUUGAUGUUCUUUGUUUAUUGGUUUGUUUCUAGAGAAACCGAGUCCAGUACGGGUCUGUGGCUCCAGUUUUUAACUUCACUCCCCUUCCUGUGUCCAUCCAGGUUAAUCCCAUUGGCUCUCACACUCUGUUUUGUAUUGGCAACACCUCAGAGUGUCGCAGUGGGGAGAGACUCAUCCUGUCCAAAUACCUCGGAGAAGUUCACACUUUCCACCACCUAGUCACCACACAGGUAAAAAAAAAAUACAAAACAAAACACUAACUUUUCAAUUUCUCUCACAGUUUUUUUUUUUAACACAGAGAAUCAAGUCAGCUUUCCCACACUGACACAAAAUAUAUCUGCUAGCAAUACCUGAUUGUCACCACUAGAUGUCAGCGUUCAUAAAGGUGUAUGUUUGGCAGUUGUUUUUUACGUGAGAACAAAAAUUGAUUCACACUAUUUCAGGAAAAAAAAUCUUUAAACUUAAAGCUCCUUGACACCUUCGGAGUAUUUUUAAGAGUCAGUAACAUUGAUUUACAUCAAUGUCCUGGAACAACAGGAAUGACAGCAAGAUACGAGUGACUUUCUUACUCUGACAUGGAACAACUAUUUAAAAAGACAGAGUAAUACACGGAUUAAUUUUUUUGCAGUCUUUCUAUUUUUUUUCUUUGUUUCUUUAAAUCUCAGAAGUUUUUGUCAUAGAAGCGAUCCUGCACAGCUGACUGGACCUUCUCUCCUCCUGUCAAAGUAUUCAGCCUACAUCAUAGACGAGCGUUUCCCCGGGGUUCCCAUGCUGAAAUGGGAUCACAUGAUGCAGUCCCCACCCUUGUUCUGUCAUGUCAUUCCUGGAUCUGCCUCCUCUGGAUUGGCAGGUGGGGCUGGGACCACUAAGUUUCUGCUGGGCUCCCAAAGUUCUCAGGAAAUCACUCUGCUGCAGUACUCAGGUCAGUCAACAGUGGUCAGUUAUAAUCCCUGCUUAAUCUCCUGAGUGUUUCAGUGAUUUGAUUUGAUUUUUUGCAGUGGUCAUUAUCAGUGUCUUGUGUUUGUGUUCAGGAGGCCGAGUAGAGGCCUGUUCCAGUCAUGGUCCUCCUCAGGCUCUGCUUAGACCUAGAGACAGUACCAAAUACCUCCCUAUCCAGAUCCCUCACCGCCAUGAAACAUUAACUAACAGACUGUCCUCACCUGCAGCAGGUUUGUGUUCAUGUGUUUGCAAAUGAAAGAUUCAGAGUGAAGACAGAACCUGUCCGGAUUACUGUAGACACUUGUAUUAUUCAGUGAGGUGUGUACACUAGGGAUGUUCCCAGCGGUUAAUUUCACUGACGUUUAAACGACCAUUUUGAAACCAAAUAUUCGAAUACACGAAAAUUAAUUAACUCCCAGAAAACAGCCCAAAUUUAGCCCAUGUCGAUCAAUAUGGCCUGAUAUCAUCUGAAAUAAAUAUUUAGAGUACAUGAAAGCCAUGCUUAUAAUAGUAAAAUAUGUUACAGAAUCUUAUUUUAGCGCUGGAGAAUGACAUAAAGUAAGUGAAUUAAGCUCUGCUUAGUGUUGAUUCACUCUGAGGAAGUUAACCCAUGCAUGCUGCAGGCCACAGCAGCGAGCCAGGCAGAAAGAGCCAUACGCAAAUGAGCCACACAUUUUAGCUUGUUCAAUGCACACUUUUAUUAAGACAUGACGGUAAAAAUGUAAUAAAAAAUAAAUUUUAAAAAAUUUUCUAUAGAAUAAACAAAUAUUAUUUACUAAACGGAUAGUAAGGACAGCCCCGUAUAGGUUUGUGGUUUAAAAGUAAUUGGAAGGAAACAUUAUUAAGUGAUAAAUUUAAACCUUUAUAAAAAACAACAGCAGUGAUUAUAGAAACCCUACACCUAGGAUUGUUUUAUUUCAAAGUCACAAUUAAGAGGCCCUUUUGAUAUCUUUUAUAUCAUCUAAAUAAUAAGCUGUUGCCUUUACACCAUUGUGAUCUAUAUGCAAGUGUAAAAAUGCAGAGAGAGGUGUUGUGUUAAAGUAUUUCUCAAAGGAGCAAGCAGUCGCUUAAAUGAGUAAAGUGUGCUGAUACUAAGGAAGACAAGUCACUUUUUAACAGCUACUCUUCCUCAUGAGAUCGUAAUCAUGGGUUUAGUGCAGAUGGCUGCUAUUAGAUAAUGGUGCAAAAGACAACAAUAUGUGUGUAACGCUGAGCUUUUGUAUUUCCUCACAGGUCUGACUUGUAUCCAGAUGACAGGAGAAACAGGAGCAGAUGGUAAAGAGAGGCUGUGUGUGCUACAGCUAACAGAGACUGGAGAUAUUUUCUACCAGAUCAUCCAGCACGAGCAGCCGGACUCUGUUUCAGCUUCAGCAGCAGAGGAUGAUUCGCUACCUGAACAAAAAGUGGCCACAACAGAGACACGGACUCCAACUGAUUCUCAGAUGGUGGUUUCAGAAACAUCAAGUGAUGAGGACGUGAUCGGGCCAACUCAGAACCCCAAUAUGAAGAGAUUUGUAGCUGAAACGCCAGAGAAGAUACAGCGAAGAAAACGAACAUUUUUUGAUUCUUCGUCUGAGGAGUCCGACACAGGAUUGCAGAAGAGGAGAAAACAGUUGAACCUGCAGGUCACCGUCAAUGAAGAUCCAGACACGGAUCAAAUGAACAGAUCGGAUAAGAGCGCCACGGAUGGAGAGUUGAAUGAAAGUACGAACGAACAGCCUGAAGGUGUGGAGGAAACGGUCGAUUCAAGAAGCCUGAAUCCUGUCAUCCAGACUCCAGUAGAGUUGAGCGACAGCGCUCUUCUCACCUGGAAACGCUGGCUAAAGAAGUUAAUGAGAAAAAGCAGAAAAAAAGAGCCCCUUCCACCCCUCCAGCAGAAUGUUCGAUGCGACACUUGGGAUCUCACUGAGGCAUUUGGUGAAAAGAGAGAUCCUGAAGAAAGAGAGUGUGUUCAGAACCUGAGACGUGAUCUGAAAGCGUGCAUGUCCAAACGCACGGUGCUGGUCCACACCCUCGUGUCCAACUCCAUCACAGCUCCAGAUGUGGAACCACUCCCUGAUAUGGUGGACACAGGCGCGUGGGGGGAUUCGCUAAGCCAGCGCCUGACAGUGUCCACGCAGGGGGAGGAGAAGUGGCGGGCGUGGUGGGAGGACAAAUUGGGGAUGAACAGGAAGCAGAAGGUGGAGGCUCUGAGGAGGAAGAGGAGCAGAGCGAAAGCUGCGAAGAGAGCGUCAGGGCGACACCUGGGCCUGUUAGGGAGCUUCACCUCAUCUGUCAGCUACCAGAGUGAUUUCUCGGACUUCACAGAUUCACAAGGCUGGAUGUCGUCAGAGAGCCAGGGGGCGUGGUCAGACUUCGAGAGUAUCAGGUCCCAAUCAGAGGGCGUUUCAGAGAAAGAGAGUGAGAUACCUAAACGUACUUCACUCUCCAUGGCAGAAACAGACAGUCCCGCUCCUGCUACACCUCAAAGUGUUAAAGCAAAACAAAAUGACCAGCAAACUUCAACCACCUCCCGCACCUCCACCCUGCCACAGACACCUAGUUUGAUCGCCACACCGUCCAGUCAGAGGAAGAGCAAACAUUCAGCACAGGAUUUCCUCCGCUCUCUGGUAAGAAAAUAAUGUUUCUGUGCAAUAUUUCUAUCAGAUCUGCAGUUUUAGUUUCUCUGGAUCAAAGAAACAUGUCUAUCCAAGAGCUGCAGUCCCUGUAAGAUAACUAGUUCCUCAGGUGUUCAUAAACAAUCUUAAACACCAGCUUAGAGACUGAUUGAGGCUCCCGUUUGCGGGUAGACAUUGGCUGGGUUGAGUAAUUCUAACACAAGAUCUAGUCUGAUCUCUCAGAGGUGAAAGGGUUCAAACUAUCUUCCCUGUGAGAUGUUGCAUUCAGCAAAGGUCAGAAUGAGCCGUUUCUUUGCAGCGUUUCUAGGAUCCUUCGUUUUUUUCAACGGUCAAAUGCUUCAACAGAGAGUUUUCUACAGUGUUAAAUUCAUUACUGUAAGUUAUGGAGGUAAAUGUAGGUAAACAGUUUUUUUUUUUCCCCUUUACAAAGAUAAGAUGAUGAUGACCCAGAGUACUGUACUGUUUAUUAAAAAAAAUUGGAUGAGCAUAGGUUUUGUUUUCAUAAAUGUUCUUGAGUAUAACAGUAGAUGUUUAAGUUGGGCAUAAAAUAGAAUGUCCUUUAAGGGAAAUUUAUAAUAAGUGUUUUUUUUUUCCUGUUAGAAAGGAAAACAAUCAGCAGGUAAGACCUUGAAUAAAAUUAAAUCUUACAUGGGAUGAAGAAAUUGAAAUCAGUGCAUAUCCAGCCACUGUGAAUGUAUGUGUGCUCUGUACAGGAAUCAACUACCCACUGAGCAUUUUUUGGUCUAAAAGAGGUCUAAUAGACGUCUUAAUGUAGCCUAGAUGACUGGUCUAAAAUCAGACUACCACAGGUCUAAAAAUCAAAGGAGACCAAGUCCAAAUCUGGACUAUAUCUAUGCUACACUGUAUAUUGCUCAACGGCUAUCGUAAUAUUUUGGUUAAGUACUUGGAGAUCAGUUAUGCAACUCACAGUUGUUUUUUGAAAUUAAUAGUUAUCGAAUAAUGGGUUAAAGUGCAACACCUAACUUCCAUCUAUAUAAUAUAAUAAUAAUAAACAGAAUUUAGACGGUUGAAAUUAGGUCUGAAAAAAAAACUAGACAUCUAAUAGCCGUCUUUUGCUCAGUGGGCUACAUGCAAUUCACAACGAAUGGAUGUAUAUUGAAUCCUAUUGGUAGAUGAUGGUGAUUGAGUGGUGAAGGCAUGUCUGUAAUGAAACUUUGGCUAGUAUAGUACCAGUAUAACAAUGAAAUCUAAAUCUGAAAUCCAUGAGGAAUGUUGUCAACUGAACUGAACUGCUCUGAUUUCAGGAGGAGCCCUUACAGCAUGACAGUUAUUCCCUGGAAGAUGACAGCACAGCUCACAUCGUUCGUCCACCUGCGGUCUUCUCCCCUAAGCUCUUUGGUUCCCAGUCUUUCUCCCAGAGGAGCCUCAGGGUGGACCUGUCUCAGGACUCCCUGGUGUGGUCCCAGACCUCCUCCCUGAAUUCACAGGGUCGCCUGGGGCUGUCACAGGGGUCACAACCAAAGAAGAAGAGGUCUCAGAUGGGAUUUUGAUUCCAUCGUUGGAGGUCUUUGAAUACAAGAGUACAACACCAGAUCAGUGAGAGCCAGUUUGUUUCCUGGUGUCUUCAGCCGCCCUGGGAUCUGUGAAAAGGAUGUAUGUGUUUGGUUUGAUUCCUUUGGAUUGUACGAUAAAAGCUCAACAUGCACACUGGAUUUAAAUCUGGAGGAGGAACAGACUUGACCUUUGAGAAGGAUCCAUCACAGGACUUCAUCUGGAGGCUGGAAAAGAUGGACUGCAGACAGGUUUGGUAGGACUCAGCAGUAUUUGUUGUCAUUGUUCUGCGCUUGUGUAUUUCAUCAAUGAUGGUAUUUACUUGUUUGUGUGUGUGCGUGCAUCAGUGUCCCCAAACAUCAAGCGUUAGUCAAUUCUACAUCCCCCAGUGUUCAAGCUGGAGUGGAGUCCCUGUUACCUGCAGCUUUCUAUGGAUAGCUUCUGUUUGACUGUCAGCUGUCUGAACCUGGACUGAGUAUGUGUGUCUGAAAACUUCAACGGCAGAGCUGUACCAUAAUCUGAACAAACCUUCAGCCUGGUCUGUCUGUUAGAAAUAUGAUGAAGAGAAAUGAGCCUUGUUGCUAAUACAAGAUUAAGUUGUUGUAUGUUUUCGAAGGCCAUAAAGAGGCCUUCGUCAGGCCUUAAAGACUGUGGUGCACACUUGCUAGUCUAUAUGAUGUUUAUAGAAAAAAAUUGCCACAUUUCUCCUUGACUGAUCUAAAUUGUUUACAUUUUUAUUCCUCCUCUAAUUUGGCACCAGAUUAUUUUACUGGUAGCUUGAAGUGAACUUAAGCUUUACUGCUCUGCAUCGAAAUGGUUUGAGAGCAUGGCCAUUUUACCCAAACCUCCAUUAAAACAGGUCAAAUGUACAAUGCGAGAUGACUUCUAUUUGAACCUGUAGUCUGAGCUCUGCAAAAAUCCUCUUUGUAUACUUAUUGCUAACUUGCUGCUGAUGUUUAAGUCAGGUGGUUGACAUUACACCAGUCAGGUGGCAAAGAGAAAAAAAAAAACCUGACAGGCCUCAUUUGAAAGAUAUCUGUGACUGUAAGAGUGACAGCCCUCACAUGUCUCAUAGCCAAGAACUUUAUUUACUGGAAGAUUUUCAGGAAUGUGCAAAACUGCGUUGCUAAAGCUACUUUUCUGGUAUGUGUGUUUUUAUGUGGGUUCAUGGAUGGCUGUUGCUUCGUUCUGAGCAAGUGUUGUUUCUUUGACAAGUGUAAGAAAGUCGGAUUCAUGGUUAUCAAUUUUUGAACAAACUUUUUCUACCUCCGUAACUUAUAUUUUGAAUAAAAUAACAAAGAUUCUCACUUAA